AUGUCUUCCUUGCGAACCAUACAGUCGAUUGCAUGUCUCUUAAAUCCUGAUGAAACGUGUGAUCCUACAAACUUAGAAAAAGCGUCUACUCUAAUUGUUACGAUUGCGUCAGAGAUUUGUCAACGCAUCGAAUGUCGGCACCAGGUCUUAGUAUUCAACGCACCUGAUCGAACCCCGCUUGAGCACACCAGAACUGCCAUCUUGACAGCAUGUGGCAUGUUGGGCACCAUGUGCACGGCUCGGCGGCUCCGAAAGUCGAAAACAUCCAUGUGCUGCCCGGUAGUAAUGCAAUUCCGGGAUGAAAACGAUGCUGCGCGUCAGCUAACAGCCCGGGCUCUUCUCUCAUCUACCAAAAAAUUCCAUACCUUGAAACUUAAAGAUGCUUGUACAAGAAUGCGAAGACAGCUUACCAAAAAGUCACCGGAACCUGUUGCAUCGUCACCCACCAGUACUUGCGCUGACGAGUGCCACAAUGACACACAAAACUGUCUGUUGGACCCAGGUCCUGUACCCCACGCUCAUGACCAUGGGCCCUCCACUCCUAUCUCUGAGCAUCCACAAAUGUUAUCUCCGACCUCCACCACGCCAACGAGAUCGACUGCUGAUUUAGGAGAUAUGCCACUGACCAACUUACCUGGCUCCAAAGAAAAAUAUGUCACUUUGUUCCCCGCCGCCAUUACCGCUUUCGAAAGAGCCAAGCACGCCAUUGCUCAGGCCACAAAGUUAUCUUUCCUCGAUACUCACGAAAGCACAAAGCUGAUUUUGAAAACUGAUGCUUCGAACGCUGUCGUACUUCAUCAAGUUGUUAACAACACAUCUCAACUACUAGCGUUUUUCCCGCAGAAGAUGCAGGCUGCCCAAACGCGUUACAGUACUUUUGGUCGUGAAUUACUUGCGAUUUGCCUUGCUAUUCGCAAUUUCCGGUACUUGUUAAAGGGUAGAUAUUUUACCAUUCAAACCGACCAUAAGCCACUCACCUAUGCCUUCAACGCCAAACCUGAUCGAUGUUCACCACGCGAGAUAAGCCAUCUCGACUAUAUUUCGCAGUUCACUACGGAUAUUCGGUACACUCCAGGUUCGGACAAUGUCGUCACAGAUGCUCUAUCCCGUCCUGACAUCAACGCUCUUCACCCUUCCACGCAGCUGGACCUAGCCAAGCCGGCUAACCUUCAAAACAGUAGUCCUAAUUUUUUGCCGAUUCUAUCUUUCCCUUCACUUCAAGUCUCUUCAAUUCCCUUACCCCCAAUCGUCCCCGAAGCCUUUCGACGGGCUGUUUCCGACCAUUUUCAUGGAUUUUCUCAUCCGGGAAUCAGGGCAACCAGGAAGUUGAUUAGUGCACGCUUUGCAUGGCCCUUCAUGAAUAAGGACCUGACAUCCUGGGCCAAACAGUGCAUCGCCCGUCAACGCAGUAAAGUAACUCGGCAUACAAACUCACCUAUCGGUUCAUUUGCCGUUCCUAAUGCUCAAUUCACACACGUCCAUCUCGACAUUGUUGGCUCGCUUUCCCCAUCAAACGGUUUCACUCAUAUCCUUACCAUGAUUGAUCGUUUUACCCGUUGGCCGGUAGCUGUACCCAUUUCGGAUACUUCAGCUGAAACGGUUGCUUUUUCAUUUUUGCAGCACUGGGUCAUCUGA